UGUUACCAUAUUAAAAUUACAUCUUUAAUAGUCUCUCUUUCCUGGCUUCAUUUUGUUCCACUUUUGAACUUUAGGGUUCUCUGAUGUGUUUGAUUACAACCCUUUUUUGUUACGAUUUCGUAAUUGAAUUUCAUUGUUUUGUUUGAUUUUUCAGGCAUCUCUGCUAAUUGUUUUGUGUUAACUGUUCGCUGGAAUCGUCUUUGAAGUUUAGACGCGUUUGAUAACUGUCCGCUGGAGUCGUCUUUGAAGUUUAGACGCGUUUGAUCACGUAAUUUGUUCAUGACUUCGAGCAGUUGGAGGAGAUCAUUAGGGAAUGUCAGGUCCUUCAUCGGCAAUUCGAUGGGCGGUCUCAGGGGUGGUGCCAAUCUCGCUUCUUGGGUUGUGGCUGGAACGCUCGCUUACUACCUCUGGGUCAAGCCUUCCCAAGACCUCAAACGGGAACAGCAGGAAAGGGCUGCUCUUGCAGCUGUGGAUCCUCAUCGGUAUAUUGAGAAGAGAAAACCUAUUCCUGAUCCCCAGGAAACUGGUUUGAUAUAUGGCAACAAGAAUACACCUCGAAAACCCGAGGAAUGAGCUACAUGAGUGAAAUCUUUGGAGAAAUGUAACGGCUUAAGCUUUUCACUGAUCAAAGGUGAAGAAGGGGGUCAGAAAUUAUAAUCUAGGUAGGAGCUAGAGCCUAAAACAGAGAAGAUUAGAAGUUGAUACAUGAACAAAACUGUUGUUCAGUAAAGAGGUGUGGCCAAGUGAUUUGGAAUUUUGGAUCCUUUUAAUGGAACCCUUAGUUGAAGAUUGAAAAAGUUGUGUAUUUUGCGUUUGGCACUGAUGAACAAUUGAAUUGUCUACCAUAGAUUUAUAUUUCUAAUUUUCUAAAAAGAUUGUCUACCAUGAGAAUUUGGAUAUUACUUUAAGAAUUCAAACUUAAAAUUUGUGUUUCUAUCAGUCAA